GUCACGUGACGGGAGUGACGUCUCCGAAUGUUGUUGUUGGUGGCGGCGGCGAGCGGAGCCCGAGGAGCCGCCGCAAAGAUGGAGGAGCCGUCGAGGAGGCGCUGCCGCUGCUGUUGCCGCCGCUGCUGCCGCCGCCGCCCGCGGAGCCGGAGCUCGAGCCGCAGCGGGGAUGCCGUUCUGAGUGCCUGACUGCCUCGCCCCGAAGGAUGAUGGCCUUGGAUGGGCAUUAGAGGCAUUGCGCCCCGGGCUCCUGUCCCGUCCGUCUGUCUGUUAUCGUCUGUCUCUCUUGACAUCACCGCAGCUCCACCCCCUCCCAUCCCAGCCCCCAACGCCAGUUUCCUGCAGGCCCAGAGCCGGCAUGAACUCUCCUAACGAGUCGGCAGAUGGCAUGUCAGGCCGGGAACCAUCCUUGGAAAUCUUGCCACGGACUCCUCUGCACAGCAUCCCUGUGGCAGUGGAGGUGAAGCCGGUGCUGCCAGGAGCCAUGCCCAGCUCCAUGGGGGGUGGAGGUGGAGGUAGCCCCAGUCCUGUGGAGCUUCGGGGGGCGCUGGCAGGCCCCAUGGACCCUGCACUACGGGAGCAGCAACUGCAGCAGGAGCUCCUGGUGCUCAAGCAGCAGCAGCAGCUUCAGAAGCAGCUCCUGUUCGCCGAGUUUCAGAAGCAGCAUGACCACCUGACGCGGCAGCAUGAAGUCCAGCUGCAGAAGCACCUCAAGGUGAGCGAGCGAGCGGGGCUCAGGGCCCAGCAGAGGCUCAGCCCUGCCGGGACCUGGCUCACCACUGCCUCUGCCCUCCUGCACCCACUGCAGCAGCAGCAGGAGAUGCUGGCGGCUAAGAGGCAGCAGGAGUUGGAACAGCAGCGGCAGCGGGAGCAGCAGCAGCAGGAGGAGCUGGAGAAGCAGCGGCUGGAGCAGCAGCUGCUCAUCCUACGGAACAAGGAGAAGAGCAAAGAGAGUGCCAUCGCCAGCACCGAGGUAAAGCUGAGGCUCCAGGAAUUCCUGUUGUCGAAGUCAAAGGAGCCCACGCCAGGCGGCCUCAACCAUUCCCUCCCACAGCACCCCAAAUGCUGGGGAGCCCACCAUGCUUCUUUGGACCAGAGUUCCCCCCCACAGAGUGGCCCUCCUGGGACGCCUCCCUCCUACAAACUGCCUUUGCUUGGGCCCUAUGACAGCCGCGAUGACUUCCCCCUCCGCAAAACAGCCUCUGAACCCAACCUAAAAGUACGGUCGAGGCUAAAACAGAAGGUGGCCGAGAGGAGAAGCAGUCCCCUCCUGCGUCGAAAGGAUGGCACUGUUAUUAGUACCUUCAAGAAGAGAGCGGUUGAAAUCGCAGGCCCGGGGCCUGGGGUGUCGGCCGUGUGUAACAGUGCUCCCGGCUCCGGCCCCAGCUCUCCCAACAGUUCCCACAGCACCAUCGCUGAGAACGGCUUCACUGGCUCGGUCCCCAACAUCCCCACUGAGAUGCUCCCCCAGCACCGGGCCCUCCCUCUGGACAGCUCCCCAAACCAGUUCAGCCUCUACACGUCUCCUUCUCUGCCCAACAUCUCCCUAGGGCUGCAGGCCACUGUCACUGUCACCAACUCGCACCUCACCGCCUCUCCGAAGCAGCUGUCGACACAGCAGGAGGCUGAGAGGCAGGCCCUUCAGUCCCUGAGGCAGGGCGGCACACUGACCGGCAAGUUCAUGAGCACAUCGUCCAUCCCGGGCUGCCUGCUGGGUGUGGCGUUGGAGGGCGACACCAGCCCCCAUGGGCACGCUUCCCUGCUGCAGCAUGUCUUGCUGCUGGAGCAGGCCCGGCAACAGAGCACGCUCAUAGCUGUGCCUCUCCACGGGCAGUCCCCACUGGUGACGGGUGAGCGCGUGGCCACCAGCAUGAGGACAGUGGGCAAGCUCCCGAGGCACCGGCCUCUGAGCCGCACUCAGUCCUCGCCACUGCCGCAGAGUCCCCAGGCCCUGCAGCAGCUGGUCAUGCAGCAGCAGCACCAGCAGUUCCUAGAGAAGCAGAAGCAGCAGCAGAUGCAGCUGGGCAAGAUCCUCACCAAGACUGGGGAGCUGCCAAGGCAGCCCACCACCCACCCUGAGGAGACAGAGGAGGAGCUGACAGAGCAGCAGGGGACCAUGCUUGGGGAGGGGCCCUUGGCCGUGCCCCGGGAAGGCUCUACAGAGAGUGAGAGCACCCAGGAAGACCUAGAAGAGGAGGAGGAGGAGGAGGAAGAGGAAGAGGAAGACUGCAUUCAGGUCAAGGAUGAGGAGGGCGAGAGUGGUCCCGAAGAGGGCCCUGACUUAGAGGAGUCCAAUGCUGGUUACAAAAAGUUGUUCACAGAUGCCCAGCAGCUACAGCCCUUGCAGGUGUACCAGGCACCCCUCAGCCUGGCCACGGUGCCACACCAGGCCCUGGGCCGCACCCAGUCCUCGCCUGCUGCUCCUGGGAGCUUGAAGAGCCCCCCAGACCAGCCGCCCACUAAGCACCUCUUCACCACAGGUGUGGUCUAUGACACGUUCAUGCUGAAGCACCAGUGCAUGUGCGGGAAUACGCAUGUACACCCGGAGCACGCCGGCCGCAUCCAGAGCAUCUGGUCCCGGCUGCAGGAAACCGGACUGCUCAGCAAGUGUGAGCGGAUCCGGGGUCGUAAAGCCACGCUGGAUGAAAUCCAGACAGUGCACUCCGAGUACCACACCCUGCUCUAUGGGACCAGCCCCCUCAACCGGCAGAAGCUGGACAGCAAGAAACUGCUUGGGCCCAUCAGCCAGAAGAUGUAUGCCAUGCUGCCUUGUGGGGGCAUUGGGGUGGACAGUGACACUGUGUGGAAUGAGAUGCACUCCUCCAGUGCCGUGCGAAUGGCAGUGGGCUGCCUGGUGGAGCUGGCCUUCAAGGUGGCUGCGGGAGAGCUCAAGAAUGGAUUUGCUAUCAUCCGGCCUCCAGGACAUCAUGCUGAGGAGUCCACAGCCAUGGGAUUCUGCUUCUUCAACUCUGUAGCCAUCACAGCUAAACUCCUGCAGCAGAAGCUGAACGUGGGCAAGGUCCUCAUCGUGGACUGGGACAUUCACCAUGGCAACGGCACCCAGCAAGCAUUCUACAAUGACCCCUCUGUGCUCUACAUCUCCCUGCACCGCUAUGACAAUGGGAACUUCUUUCCAGGCUCGGGGGCUCCUGAAGAGGUUGGUGGAGGGCCAGGUGUGGGCUACAACGUAAACGUAGCGUGGACAGGAGGUGUGGAUCCCCCCAUUGGAGAUGUGGAGUACCUGACAGCCUUCAGGACAGUGGUGAUGCCCAUUGCCCACGAAUUCUCACCUGACGUCGUCCUAGUCUCCGCUGGGUUUGAUGCUGUUGAAGGACAUCUGUCUCCACUGGGUGGCUAUUCUGUCACCGCCAGAUGUUUUGGCCACUUGACCAGGCAGCUCAUGACACUGGCAGGGGGCCGGGUGGUGCUGGCCCUGGAGGGGGGCCAUGACUUGACCGCCAUCUGUGAUGCCUCUGAGGCCUGUGUCUCGGCUCUGCUCAGUGUGGAGCUGCAGCCCUUGGAUGAAGCAGUCUUGCAGCAGAAGCCCAGCGUUAAUGCAGUUGCCACACUAGAGAAAGUCAUCGAGAUCCAGAGCAAACACUGGAGCUGUGUACAGAGGUUUGCCGCUGGUCUGGGCUGCUCGCUGCGGGAGGCUCAGACAGGCGAGACAGAGGAGGCCGAGACUGUGAGCGCCAUGGCCCUGCUUUCCAUGGGGGCUGAGCAGGCCCAGGCUGUCGCCCCUCAAGAGCACAGCCCCAGGCCAGCAGAAGAGCCCAUGGAGCAGGAGCCUGCCCUGUGACACCCUGGCCCCCAUCCCUCUGGGCUUCAUCAUUGUGAUUUUGUUUAUUUUUUCUAUUAAAAACAAAAAGUCACACAUUCAACAA